GUCGCUUAAAGGGCCAGAAGAGGAAAUUUCAGGCAGACUGAAACGACGAAAACAGCUGCGAGCACAGAAAAAAAAAAGAAAAAAGAAAAAUACAGGCACAGAAAGGAAGGGACGUAGACAACCAGGCAGCGAACUAUGUGGCAAGACGAGGCUGAAACUCUCCCAUGAUUGUACACCUUUUUACACCGACAGCAAUCGCGAACAACGGCGUUUUUUAGCCUCAAAGUCGGCUACCAGAACGUUAGCUACCUGGACUCUGACAACGCAGCAGCGAGAGAUAACAAAAAAGAGGCCAAACACCAGGGCGCAUAGGCUCACACAUCGUGUCUACCUUCCUGACUUCAUCCUGUUUUAUUAAAGGAGGAAGGAAGCAAAGAGAGACAGCACGCAAGAGAGUCGAGGGAAAGAGAGAAGGCAGCCUGAUCCAGUGGAAACAGACAAAACAGAGGAGAGAAAGCGAAUGCAGCACAGUCACCCAUCCUGCCAUCAGACAAAAUAAAAAGGAAGGAAGUGGAGACAGAGAGAUACACUCCAUCUCUCAAACAGGAUGUUUCGCUCACGUGCUAGUUCUCAUGUCGCCACUCUAACAACAGCUGAUGUACCUCAGGCACAUGAUGUCUCUGUGUUAGCCUUGUACCACUUACUCGUAUAACACUGCCUCUCUCAUGAUGAUGAAACGACAUGUCUCUGCUCCUCCUGAUGGUGCUGUGUGUCAUCUGACCCAAGACCAUUAGCCUUUGACUUCAUGACUGCAGUCUUCCUUGACAUGAAGGAACUGUGGGUGGAAUUACUGCGUCCUAAUGCCAUAGCCAUGCUACACCCCAUGCUGAGGUGACCAAGGCGAGUUUGUCUGGCUGUCAGCCAAUCACAGAGGGAGGGAGCCCCAGUAGUAUUACAUCCCAUUCUGGUCAUAUUUCCUGUGCCUACGUUCUUCACUCCUACUUCCUCUGAGGUCCUUAGUGUUUCCUGGUUACCUAUCCUGGGAUGUUGGCGUUGUUCUGUGACCUUUGCCGUGGAGAUAGAUGGGUUCCUUUAGUAGACAUUUUUAGACAAAAUUUCCAGAUGUUGCUCCAGAUGCAGCUUGUCCACACAGGCAGAAUUAGACAAGGACUGGCACAGAGGUGCUGUGCAGCUCAGCUUCCAAUUUCACUGUGUUUGAUGACAUUACAGCAGGAACUAUAGUACUUCCUGCUUCCGUGAAACCUCUUGCUUUGCCUUCUGGCACUUGUGAGGACUGACUUGACCUGUUGCACAAAACCUAGUCAAGACAUUUAACCCCAAUAAAGCAACCAUGCGGCACAUCCACGUAGAAUUAGCCCACAAAAAGGCUCCCUUAGAACUUCCAGCCCAUGAAGGGGACCUGCCUCCACCAACAGCCCCAGCACAGGGCCUAGACCAUGGGGUCAGACCAGGGGCACCAAGACACUUUGGCCAGGAGGAGCUGAGGCUCCAAAAGGUCUACCAGCUCUCUAUUUUCUCCCAGUUGGGGGGAUUUUCUACCUCCACACAAUCCAACACUGAGACCCAGCAGAGACCUGUUCGCUUAGGAGUGAAAAGGGGGCUGGAGGAGCCUCAGUUGACUCAUAAGCGUCCUCAGUUGGGAGACCUCUCAGAAAGGGAGGCCCUGGAGGGAGGAGUGCUGUGUGGGCCAGCCCCAGCUCAAGGUGUUGGGAUGGGAUUGGUCACAGGCCUUGGUGGGCCCAGUUCUGUAUACUCUUGUACACAGACGGAGCACAGAGACUCUGAAGUGGGGCUGUCACCCAGGUCUCCACCACUCUCCCCAAGCCACACCCCCUCCCGUCGGGCAAGUCAGCACAAUCACGACAAGCCCAUUCCUGAUGUGUUUGCCCCACUCUCACCUAAAUCACCCCCAAUGUAUGACCCACAUGGGCAUCUUUGUGACCAGGGCCACACCAUCGGAAGCUCAGUCAGGACUGAGUCUAGUAAUGGCGGCCGCACGCCCACCUACUCUUUAAGUAACCCUGGAAAUGAGAGCUGCAAUAAUGGCUCAUCAGGAGGUCAGCCCAGCCCCCACUUAUAUGAAAUGUCCACAUAUGAGACUCCCAACCCUGCCAGUCCCACUAGCCCUCCAGGCCCAUUUUCCCCCCCACAUCAUAUAGAGCUGCAGGAACCAGGUGAGGCCACCGAAUGGGAAGUUGGACUUGAAUCCUCCCCACCUGAGCGAAGUGCCACCCAGGCUGUCUCGUCCUCGUCUAAUGGUCUGGCUUCAUGGGAGAAGACACCCAGCAGUAAUGGUCAUCGUCUAUCAUCUGGAGGCCAUUGGCCUGCCAAAAAGAGGCUGCUGUCCCCAAGUGACACAGCGGAGUCGUGUUCAGAGGAUGAGGGGCCUUCCACGUCCAAGAGAAGCAGACUAUCCCUGCUGCCUCCAGGACUGGGCCCUGCCUCAUGUCGCAGCACUGAUGCCAAAGCUGCCCCUUACUGGAACCACCUGCUGCCAUCCGCAUGGGACCGGCCUAAAACUGCUACUGACUGCACAAGAUCAGGGAGGCGACUAAAAACUGGGCUGCGGUUGAAAAGUCGGCAGCUGCGCAGCGGCAGACAGACAGACACCAGCCGCUCAGCACGUUCCAGCUGGCCCUCAUCUUCCAUCAGCAGGUCGCUACUUGGCAACUUUGAGGAGUCUAUACUUAAGGGACGAUUCACCCCAUCAGGCCAGAUUGAAGGCUUCACGGCAGAGAUCGGGGCCAGUGGGUCAUAUUGCCCGGAGCACGUCACCCUGCCUGUGCAGGUUACAUACUACGACAUCUCAGAGCACAGCGCUCCCUCACCCUUUCUGGGGGUCAUUUCCCUUGAGCAGCUUGGAAAGAAAGGAUACAGUGUACCCAAAGCAGGGACCAUUCAAGUGACCUUAUUCAAUCCCAACAAAACUGUGGUGAAGAUGUUCCUCGUGACCUAUAACUUUGUCGACAUGCCUGUCAAUCAUAUGACCUUCCUGCGCCACCGAAUCUUCCUGGUGCCUGUGGAGGAGGGAGUUGAGGAGAAUGGCGAGGUGCCUCCAGGGGGCGUAGCUCCAGACAGGAAGAAGAUUCUCUGCUACCUGAUGCAUCUCAGAUUCCAGAGCUCUAAAUCUGGGAAGAUCUACUUGCACAACAAUAUCCGGCUGCUAUUCUCCCGCAAAUCCAUCGAAGUGGACUCGGGGAUCCCUUACGAGCUGAAAUCUUUCACCGAGGUGCCAAGAAACCCUAAAUACUCCCCCCGUAUGUGACCCCAGCUUGACCCUUCAACCUUCACAGCCCCUCCUGUGCUUCCUGAAGAAGACGGAGGGAAACGGACAAACUGCUAGAGCGAUGGACACAAAAACUGGAUAAGACUGGAUGAGACAUCAUCGCAACACACAUAUGCGCACAUUUCACCUUGUGGUUGUUACUGUAAAAGUCCCCCUUUUAUACAUUGAUUCUUCAACUUGGUAUCUUCCAUUAAUGGAAAAUGAAAAAAAAAAAAGAAAAAAGAGGAAUAUUUAAAAGCAGGACUUUUUCAAACACACCACAUCUGAACAAAGAAGUGUGCGCCCACACACACACACACACAAAUGCACCAAAUCACGCACAGCACAUGCCACAUACGUCACAACCGAAGAACUUGGUGGUGGUGUAUCUAUGCGUUCAGUGUUAACAUGCAUGCCUUGUGACUAUAACACCUGAGUUUCCUCUAGUGCCGUAUCACACUGUCCUUCACUCUGCCUGCAGCACCAGCCGCCUCAUUGGACCAACUUGUUCCCACGACAGGAAAGACACAAACAGUAAGCACAUUGCUGAUUGUGGGGUGAAUAAGAUGAUGACUCCCUACCGACCCACCUACACACACACACACACACACACCACCAUCUCUGAGCAGCAGAGAGAUGAGCAGGGUGAGGGCCAAUUUAAAAAAAAACAAAACAAAAACAUCUUGAGUAAAAAAAAACAAACACGCCAACACGAUUUGAUCAAACUCAGGAAAGCUGUCGUAGAAUAAUUUUCUCCUUUUACCAUUUCACUCACCACAAUGCAGACCACUGUGAAGCAGGAGGGUCAUGGUACCUCAUGAAAAAACAUUUUAUGUAGCCAGACUGAGGGACACUGUGCUGUUUAUUUUAUUUUUUUAGGAUUUCCUUUUGUUUUUAUUUUGUUCUUUUUUUGUUUCUGACGUCGGAGCAGAAGAUGGAAAAAAAGAAAAGACGAGCUGUAGUAUUUUUAAUUUAUGUUUUUCGCAAAUGUCUUAAGCAAUAUACUGCACAAAGUAGAGUGUGUUUUUCAGCCAGACGAGCGUUCUCUGGAGAGGUGGAGGCAGAGAAAGCAGAGACCUGAGAGUGAUGGAGGAGAAGGGAGGGGGGGUAAUUUAAUAUGGGGAAAAAAGUCUAUGUAUAUUUAAAAGGAAUAAACUCUCGUGACUAUUGGGCAGCA